AUCCUUUGUGUACUUGUCCUUAUCGCUUCUACCGGUUGCUAUCCAUCAGCAGAAUGCCUGUCAAAGGAGGCACUAAGUGCAUCAAAUACUUGCUCUUUGGCUUCAACUUCAUAUUUUGGCACAGCCCUUGAGCUCUCUGCUUGAACACUGAAGCUUGUUAAACAGCAGAAAUAUAUAGCUGCACAUAGCCAGGCACUCUUGAACUGUGUAGUUCAUGAGUUCUCAGGAAGGCAUGAAGAGGCAGCAGUUUUUUCUCCUAACACUUCAGAACUGGAUACCUAUAAAACCUGUAAACUGAAUGACCCCAGAAAACAGGGCUCUAUCAAGGAAAGAAUUGUUGGGUGACUGGAAGCUUGCAGGAACAACAGUUCUUGCAAUUGGACUAUGGCUUCGGUUUGAUACACAGACCAAAAACAUCUUUGAACUGGAAUCCAACAACACGACAUUCUACACAGGAGUUUACAUCCUGAUCGCGGUUGGUGCUGUCAUGAUGUUCGUGGGCUUCUUGGGAUGCUACGGUGCAAUUCAGGAAUCACAGUGUAUGCUUGGACUGUUCUUUAUCUUCCUCUUUGUGAUUUUUGCCCUUGAAAUUGCUACUGCCAUCUGGGGAUUUGCAAAUAAAGACAAGGUUGUUGAGGAGUUACAGGAUUUCUACAGAGAAACCUAUGAAAAGAGAUCUCAACCAGCUGCUAGAGAAACCUUGAAAGCAUUCCAUUUUGCUCUGAACUGCUGUGGUAUUACUGGAGGUGUUGAACAGCUGUUGAUGGACACCUGUCCAAAGAAGACUUUGGCUGAGUCAUUUACAACAAUGCCAUGCCCUACAGCCAUUGAUGAUAUCUUUAAUUCAAAACUGAAUGUCAUUGGCGCAGUUGGCCUUGGUGUUGCUGUGAUAAUGAUUUUUGGCAUGAUAUUCAGUAUGGUUCUUUGCUGUGCUAUCCGCAGAAACAGAGAAAUGGUCUAAGAGCUGUAAAUCCAAGGUAUCUGCACAAUAAAAUCGGUCAUUAACUCCAGUGUUCUCAAAGCAUUUCCAAAAGAAAUAAAUUCUUUGUUGCCUUCUUAAUGCUUUAUUUGAUAGUGAAGUAUGGUUUGCAUUUUAUGUUAUAGGUUAAAAUGAUAAAGUUCUAUCUGACUUAAGGUGACUAUUGUACACAAAAUGUCUGUUUUUCUUGAAGCUUAUCUAAGUCGUGUAUAUUUAUCCUUAAGACCAUUUCUUAUUUAAUAAAAAGUAAGAUGUAUUUUAUUUUUUUGGGAAAAUCAUUGAUGGGGCAGGGCCCAGUUGGAUGGGGCUCUGAGUAACCUGUUCUAGUGGGAGAUGUCCCUGCCCACAGCAGAGAGUUGGAAGUAAAUGUUCUUUAAAUGUCUCUUCCAACCCAAACCAUUCAGUGAUUUUAUGUUUAUGUUGAUGUGAUUUUAGAAGACAAUUCCAAAGAAUGCAAAGAUCUUUCAUGAUCUGCUUUAUUGGUACAUACUGUGGAAGGUCUCGUAAUUACUCCUUUUCUCAGUGCACAAACAAUACCAGGUAUUAAUUAUAUUUUUCUUACUGCUUCAACAACAUCAUCUUUAUAUGGGAUGUUAAAGGAUAACUGUUAUACUGAUGAUACACAGGCAGUUGUACCCUUCUGUGUGAGGCUCUACUCUGAUGCCAGCUGGGCUUUCUUAGCCCGUGUCCUGGCAUUAAACUGUUCCCUAGCAUCUGACAUGGCCUCAAUGUCUUGAUAAGGCAAAUUCCCAUAGCAUGUACUUGUAAGAUUUUUCUCAGUAGCUGACUUUGUGCUUUGUCUGUCCAAAACCAGUGACAAAUAUAGUCUUCAGGGCCAAACCUCAAAUUCUGGAGAGGGAACACAGAAGUUCUAUUAGAAUGUUAAUGUAGUGCUCUGCACUCACUGCUCAUAGCAGCAGCUAGCACUGUGGCUGUUGUGUUUCAGACCAAAAGUAGAAAUCAGAAAGAACUGUGUUACUGUAGAAACCUAAGCUAAAAAGUUACUGGUUUUCCUGUCCUUACAAUCCAAAUGUCCUUUAUAGUGUUUAAGAUAUUUCCUGAUGGGAUACAAACCUCACUCUUUGCCAUUUGCUGUGCUUUACCUUCCUUUACCUGUGUUCUGCUGUAGCACCUCAGAUAUGUUCUUAGGAGUUUCUGGUCUUUGUCAUCCAUGUACUUUACAUUUUUCAGCACUAUGCUCUUUUCUCUUGUAAGGAGGUUCUCUUUUGACAUGAGAAAUGUCAGAAUUGUGAAGGGUUGGGGCUCCAAUUGUAGCUAUAGAUUAAUACCUGGAUGUCUUGAUUUUGUUAAUAAAUUCAAAGCCUUAUGCAAA